AUGGGAAAACUGAUCUUUCUUACUGUGAUGGUAAUUUUCUCCUUGUCCUUAGCCAUACUUCCAACAGCUGGUUAUGCAAGCAAAACCGAUCCUCUAUACACCGACGACAACGAUGAAUCGUGGUUCCACAACCUCUGCCAUGGAAAUGAAAAGUUCGCCAAGCUCCAUUUCUACGUUCAAGAUCUACUAAAAGGCGAAAAUCAGACAGUUUAUGAGGUAGCUCGCGCGAACAUCACUUCUAACUCCGCGACUUCGUUCGGUUCAGUUCGAGUCCUGGAUAAUCCAAUGACAGCGGGGCCUGAUAUCAACUCGGAGGCCGUCGGCAGAUUUCAGGGGAUUGUCACUGCUGCAGACCUGGAAAUAUUGUCCUUCUCCAUGAACAUUAACUUCGUCUUCACGUCGGGCCGCUUCAGGGGAAGCUCCAUCAGUAUUUCGGGAAUGAACCAAGUGAUGAACGAACAGCGUGAGCUGCCGGUGAUUGGCGGUACCGGAGCUUUUCGUUUUGCUCGUGGAUAUGUGAUUACCACCACUUACUUUUCUGAUCCUGACAUGGAACACAAUGUUUUGGAAUACACGAUUUAUGUGACUUACGUCCAUCAAUCCAGCAUGAGUUCUUGUCGUGCAAACAUAUGA